AAUAAAAAGCGCGCUCUUGGCUUCCACGCUACAUCAAAGUUCAUUUAAGCUUGACAACUAAGUACACUGUAGCCCUAGCCCCUAGGCAAGAAUAGCAAGCAGGAUGGCAGCUGAGCCCGAUAGUGCCGAUGUGCUGCCCGUUUUCGACCUAACCGGCGUAGUUGGCAAGAAGCCUGAGGACUACACGGAUGCGGAUGACGAACUAUGCGCGGCCAUUGCCCAAUGUCUCCACGCGACGGGCUGCCUCGUUGUUCGCGACCCGCGUGUCCCUGCUGAACAAAACGACGUCUUUCUGGACCUGCUGGAGCGCUACUUUGGCCAACCAGUCGAUCGCAAGAUGGCGGACUGCCGACCCAACCUGGACUACCAGGUCGGCGUCACUCCAUGCGGCACGGAGGUUCCCCGCUGCCUAGUGGACACCCAGAUGCAGGACCAGCUGAGGAAGCUCAGCGGAGCCAACCGCGCCACCGUGCCCAGCGGGCCGGACCUCAAGUGGCGCUACUUCUGGCGGGUGGGCGAGCGACCCGCGACCACCCAGUUCCCCGAGCUCAAUUCGGAACCCGUCGUCCCGGCGGGUUUCCCCGAGUGGCAGCCGGUG